GCAGCCAUCAACCGUUCCAUCAUUGCGGAGCGCACCAGCGCGCACCAUGGCAGCCUACGCAACCAUGGACAAGGCGCCCGUCUGCACAGCAGAAUUAAUCAUGCUCGCCCACGCCCGCCUUCCAUCAAAUCAACGACCGCCCUGCGGUGACAUGCACCUUGUUUGGUUGCUGAUCGGCAAGGAGCUCGGCGACCAGCUCUCGAAGCGACGGGGCGUCCGUUUGGAGGGCCUCGGGGACAUCAUUUUGACCGUUGAUGGUAUAAGACUGGUGAAAGGAGGGAAUUUACGAGGCGCGCGGCCCGCGCAUCCUCUCAAUCUCGCAGCCAUAGCCAAGGCGGCCCAAGCGCGAAACGUGUGCUCGUCGGCGGCGUCUAGAGAUGGUGUCGCAAGGACGGCAAGGGCUGUCAUCAAUGAAUUGAUGCGCCUCGCGAAUAGAAGGAGGCAGGCGUCGCUCUCACUAAGGCCCGUGGGACAUGUCGCGUCGCGCAAAGCUAGAUCCGAGACGGAAGAAGGAGUGGACUUGAUCGUUGAGGAUGAGUUUCAAUGCAGAACGGCUUUAGCUUGGGACAAGAAUUUACAAAGCACGGGCCAGCCCUUCGGUUCUCGCGUGCGCGGCUUCCGGCAGGACGACCGCGCGCGGAGUCGCGCUACGGUGGCGCCUCCCGUUUAUCGAGGAAGGGGCAAGGCCGUGCUUCGCGAGGAGAUGACUUCCAGUAAGGCAGCUUCAUUGAUAAGAAAGCGAGCUCAUGACAGGCACGGUCCUGAUGGUUUGGCAAUCAUAGCGCGUUGUUUAAAAGCAUGUUCCGGCGGUAGUGUAGAUGCCACCAUUCUAAAGAAUGCGCUGGAGGACGCCGGCGUCGCGUCGACGCCCGAAGAACGCAACGCGCUGAUUGAGAACGAUUCGUCCGUACGGACCGUCGAGAAGAGUUUAGCGUUCCCGAACGCCCUGUCUACCGAGAGACGCAUGAUCAUCGACGAGGCCUGGGCCGAGCUGCAGCAGCGCCACUUCGAACGGGAGAAGGCGAGACAAAAGGGUGCGCGGAAAGACGGUUCUGGUAUCGAGCCAGGUAUCGUGUCGUUAGCUGUUCUAAAGCAAAGAAUCGACGGCGACUGGCACCCCGCCGUGCAGAGUGGGAGGGCCGACGAGGAAGCCGUCGUGACGCGGUUGCUCGCGUUUCUAGACAUCGACGAGACCUCGUGUAGCGAAUGUACGCGACAACAAUUCCGGGCCUCGUUGGCGCGCCUCUCGGCGUCCUAUGCGGAUGAUGACGCCUUCGACAAGGCCGUCAAGGGCUGCUGGAAGCUCGAGGCUGCCACUAAACCAUAUGUUGCUCCUCCUCGGAAAGAAAGACCUCCUCCCGUCAUCAAGGUGGCCUGGCCUCCUACAGUUCCCGAUGAGGAAGAAGAGGUCUCUACUACCAUGCCGGUCGGCCGGUGGAACGACGAGGACGACGUCUACGAGGGGCUGGAGUCGCGGACGACGAUGGCUAUGCUCGAGGAACUUAGAAUGUUAACGUAUGAGCCGGUCUGCGACGCCACGGAGUUUCGGAGGAGGCUGGGCGGGCCGCCGGACGUUAUAGGUCUGGAAGACCUCGCGCGGCGGCUGCGAAGGAGGGCGGCCUCAUGCGAUCUUGCGGUCUCGGCUCGGAAGGCGGCUCGGUUUUCCGUGGUGGCCGUGGAGUUCGCGGGCGGCGACACGUCCAUGCAAUGCGACGAUUUCCAUCGAGAACUGGCGGUGCUGUUCGGUCGCGACCGCGACACUAUAUUACAAACAAGAAGGCCGCUCGCGACCGCCCCGUCAUCGACGCUGCGGAAGGCGCUGGAGGGCGUCGAUCAAAACGCGUUGAUGGAGGCGGACCAGUUCAUCGAGUUGUUCGACAAAGCCCACAUCGGGUGCCAGGCGCGCCACGUGCGGGCCGCCGUCGCGAGGGCGUGCCGGGCCGCGGGUCUACCGCAGCCGCGGGGCGCCUUGGGCGAGCGCGACUGGGCCUCGCCAGCUGCUUUGUUGGAAUUGUGUCGCGGCGGCCCCCUCAACGCCAGAAGGUCAAAACUUGUGAGCCGCGCCUUCGACCUGCUGACGAAGCGCCUCGGCGAACCUGUCAUAGCGUCGAAGCUGGCCGCGUUGCUGCCGGGCGCGCCCAUCGCCGCCAAGCCGGCGCCGCCGGCGCGCCAGGCCUUCCUCGAGGCCGUCGGCGGCGCCCGGGCGCGCGUGUCCAUGGAUACGUUCCGGGCCGUCUUCGAGGACCUUAGUUCGGGCAUCGAGGGCGACUUUGCUUUCGCGAAGCUCCUGGCGAACUGCUGGGACGUGGCGCCCUGGCCCGCGGCCGCUGAGGAAGUGGAGGAGGAGGCGUUUCCCGAGUUUGAUGAAGACGACGACGGCCAGCGCGGGCUGCCCGAGGACCGCUAUUUUACUACUACGGGGGGCCGGCAGUAAGUUUUCCUUUCUGAAUC